GGACUCAAGGUAAACCAUCAAAGAACCACAACUCCCCGCGCUCCUCUACAAUCCCAUAGCAUUUAAUACCUGAAAUACUCGCGACUCUAUUCUCCUCAUUGAGCAGUCUUAUCCUCACAAUCGGCGCUCCCACGACUGAAGGGCAGUUGGGAAACCACAGUAGCUACACCAGCGAUCAAGGCAGCCCUCAAUACACCCAGCCCCCCCAACCUCGAACUCUCAACAUCCCAACCACCACCAUGGCGAACCCCCUCGACACCGAUGCCGGCUCUGAGCUUUUCAGCAGCUACGAGGCUGAGCUGAAGCUUGUGCAGGCGGAUUUAAACCAGAAGCUCGACCAGAUCCCAGAGCUCUCGGGCGAGCCGCGCAAGGCUGCCAUCUCUCAAGCCGAGCGCGCAUUAGAAGAGGCAAACGAACUCCUCGACCAAAUGCGUCUCGAGAAAUCCAAUAUCCCCUCCGCGGCACGCACGAAGAUCAACCAGCGCUUCCGCAACCACGAGACCGACACUGACUCCGCCAAGAGGCGACUUGCAAACCUGUCGAACGACCGCGCGGCCCUCUUCGGUGCGCGCUACGCCGAUGAUCCAAGCGGCGGGGACGUACAGCUGGAGCAGCGACAGCAGCUUCUGAGCGGGACGGAGCGACUAGACCGGUCGACACAGCGGCUGCGGGAUAGCCAGAGGCUUGCGAACGAGACGGAGGAUAUUGGCGCGAGCACGCUGGCGGAUCUGCAUCGUCAGAGGCAUGUGAUUGAUCAUACGCAUGAAACGCUAUUGCAGAGUGAGGGAUACGUGGAUCGGAGUGUCAAGACGCUCAAGGGGAUGGCAAGGAGGAUGGCGACGAAUAAGAUUAUUACGAUUGCGAUUAUCACGGUGCUUGUGCUACUCAUUCUUGCAGUCAUUGUCAGCAAGUUCAGGUAGAUUGGGAAGCGUGGGAUUGGGAUGUAUAUACGGCCUAGAUAUUGUGCGUGCGUGAGGAUCGCCCCUAUUUAAGGGGCGACGCCUCUUUGGAGUUUGAGAGUUUGGAGCCUGGUGCGAUGCGAUAGUUCGACUAAUCGAUUUUUUUACUCUUUCUUAUGAGAUUGUAUGAUCAUGUUUCAAAGACCGCGCGUUUUGGG